GAAUUAUUAUUUACAAUUCGUUAAAGGAUUAAAACACAUUAAAUGUAACUGUCACAGAAAGUUAGUAAUAUUAAAUAAAAAUGGCAGAUAUUCUUGAUAUCUUAGAUAUAGAACAGCCUAGUGCAUCUGAAAUAACUAAGGAUAGUAUAAUACAUGGUGAUAAAAAUAAGAAAAAGUAUGUUACUGCAAAAGCAGUCCGAAGGCCUGAGGGAAUGCAUCGUGAAGUGUUUGCGUUGCUGUAUAAUGAUAACAAGGAAUUGCCACCUUUAUUGCCUACUGAUACUGGUAAAGCAUACAAACAGAAUAAAGCUAAGCUUGGUAUGCGGAAAGUUAGAAAGUGGGCCUGGGCACCAUUUACAAACCCAGCUCGGAAAGACAAUGCUGUAUUUUAUCACUGGAAAAGAGCUGCAGAUGAAGCUAAGGAAUAUCCUUUUGCACAAUUUAACAAGCAAGUAUCAAUUCCAUCAUACUCUGAAUCAGAAUACAAUCAAUACUUGAAAUCAGAAGACUGGAGUCAAGCUGAAACUGACCAUUUAAUGGACUUGUGUCAAAGAUUUGAUCUCCGCUUUAUUAUUAUUCAUGAUAGAUGGGACAAAGCUGCUUUUAGAGAUAGAAGUGUUGAAGAUUUAAAGGAAAGAUAUUACAACAUUUGUGCAAUUUUAAGUAAGAUCAAAACAAACCCCUGGUCAAAUACAAUCACAAUGGUGAAUGGUGAGAAGAGAGUGUACCACUAUGAUGCAGACCAUGAAAGAAAGAGGAAAGAACAGUUAAAAAGACUGUUUGAAAGGACUCAAGAACAAAUUGAUGAAGAACAAAUGCUGUUGACUGAAGUAAAGAAGAUUGAGGCAAGAAAGCGGGAAAGAGAAAGAAAGACACAGGAUCUCCAGAAACUCAUAUCUAGGGCUGACAGUGGAGGAAAUAAUAUAAUCCAAUCAAACAUAAAUGAUGGGGCCAAUACUCUGCCAAAUGCAUCUAGUAUAGCUAGGCGCCAUGACAGGAAGUUACAUAAAAAAAAAAUAUCAUCACAACAAAGACCUGUUCGUGCUGUUGAGGCAGUGACGGUAGAAUGGGCGGGCAUAAAGUUUCCCGAGGCUCGUGGUACUGGCGUUUGGUUACGCUCUCAGCGUAUGAAGUUACCUCCUGGAAUUGGUCAGAGGAAGACAAAAGCCUUAGAACAAGAAUUGCGUCUCAUGUCUAUAGAUAUCGCACCCACACCUACAGAAGCUAUUUGUAAGCAUUUCAAUGAGUUGCGGUCUGAUUUAGCCCUAGUAUUGGAUUUAAAAAAUGCAUUGGCUUCUUGUGAAUUUGAACUGCAGGCACUGCGGCAUCAGUAUGAAGCACUAAAUCCGGGAAAAACCCUGACAAUACCGCCAUCAUUGUGCAAUACCAACACUGAUGGAGAAUCAAAACCUGUUGGCGAAAUAAUUGAUGUUGUAGGCUCACCAAGUACAUUGAAUAACACUAAUUAGGAUACAUGAUACAAUGUUAACUUUAAAAUAUAUUAAAUAUUUAAAUAUAUCAACUCAACAUGAUAUGUAUUAAUGUAACAGUGUAUUAAUUUUUUAGUGACUUAUUAUA